GUGAGCAGGAAGACGCAUGCGGUGACAGCAGCAGGAUGAUGCAUUUAAUCUGGUUUCAGCUGAUACAAACAGGACUACAAAGGCCGAAGACCUGUUGAAGAGGUCAAAAUAAGGAGAUCUACACAAUUGUUCUGUGUAGAAGUGUGCUAAGGAAACAAUAAUCUUAACUUGUGCUGGACUGCGAUCACAACCAUGUCGCAAACGAACCUGAUCAUCAACACGUGCUAUUCUAAUGACACCGCACAGAGACCCCCAGCAGGAAACCGAAAGAGGAAAAAGAGAUGCUUUCGUCGAAAGAUGCAGUAUUUAGAGAAAAAUGGAUACCUGGAAGGUAAAUACAAGUCCAACCACAGAACGGGACAGACCAAACAAGCUCCACAACGCCAGAACGGAGCAUCCACAAAGCAUCCACAAUGUCCCACUUCCACUUACAACAAAAGUUUACCUCAUCCAGGCAACACCGCCAACUCUUCCCACUGGAGCUCCAAGCCAUCAACAUCCACACACAGCCUGCCUUCCUCCACCGCCACUGUGAGCGGCGGCGGCACCCACCGGCCCUCGGCAUCAAGCGGCCGUCAGCCCGCCGCCGCCCAAACGCCAGCAAGAGUCCCCACGAAGUACCUCGCUAUUGACUGUGAGAUGGUGGGUUCAGGACCAAAGGGGAGCAUCAGCCAGCUCGCACGCUGCAGUGUGGUGUCCUAUGAAGGAGAUGUGAUUUAUGAUAAAUUCAUCAACCCCGCCGUGCCGGUUACUGACUACCGCACCCGAUGGAGCGGCAUACGGCGCAGUGACCUCGUCAAUGCCAUGCCGUACUCUGAGGCCAGGAAGGAGAUCCUGAGGCUGCUCAUGGGGAAGGUGGUGAUUGGACACGCCGUCCACAACGACUUCAAGGUCCUCAGCUACUCUCACCCCGCUGCCAUGACCAGAGACACGUCUCGAAUCCCUCUGCUCAACCUGAAGGCCGGCUUCGCCGUGAGCGAGUGCGCCUCGCUGAAGAGACUCACCAAGGCCAUCUUAUGCCGUGACAUCCAGACUGGGAAGAAGGGUCACUCUUCGGUGGAGGACGCCAAAGCCACUAUGGAGCUUUACAAAGUGGUAGAGGAGGAGUGGGAGAGGGAGCUGGCCUCCAGGUCGCAGGCCAGUUAGUGCCGGGUUUGAAGAGGCAGCAGGGAAAUAAAGUGAGUGCAAACCGGCGCUUGGUGUGUUCGACCGGUUUCAGGAUCAACCCAGGAAGACCAGGGAACCUGUUCCCUCUCAGUCAGCCAAUCAGUAACUUUAUUUACACCCAGCGGGACAGUCCUGGAGGAGCUUCUAUCAGCUGCUGCUCAGACGCUUUGCUUUGACCUUCAGUUUCAACAGUUGGGUUCUGUCUCAGGGUUUGCAUCAUGUUUUAAAGGUGCUCAUGCCACUGGGGGGCAGUCACCAUUCAUUCCAGCAAUAACAGCACGUCACUGAAGCGUCAUCGGCGAUGCCGCACACCAAAAAAAACAUGGUUUGGAAGUUCUACAGUGUUUUCAUGCAGACCUGCAGGUCAGCUGCUCCGGGACAACAUUCAGCCCAGAGGCCUGUCGACACCGCUGUGACGCGUUCGUUCAUUCAUUCAGUCUGACCAAACUGCCACUGCUCUGUCACCUGUCACUGGUCAGCCUCCAGUUUUAACGUUUUUAAUUGUCUUUAAGUGAAAAGUUGAGACAAAAAUACUGUGAUAUUGUUCAGCUGUGAUCAACCAAUGAGGUUCUUCAGGGAGGUCGACACUGAGGUCAUCACUCCUGCACGUGGCUUUGAUGGGUGUGCCUGACCAGUAGCCUUACAGUUACAGUAAUCAUCACUUUCAGACAUGUUUAAAAGUGUUUUAUUCUUUUCAUUGAAAUGUUUGAAGAGCAUGUACGUCUCGAAGGAAUGUGCUGUUUAGGAAAGCCUAAAUCUGAAAAUAAAUGUUGAUGUAGUCACU